AUAACUGAAGUAGAAGGGCGCCUGAACCAAAUCAAUAUGUCCCUCGGAGAAGGUCGGUCUAUUAAAUCAAUUCCAUAAUCCAGAUCGAUACAACGCGUCUGCAGCUUCCAAAACCUAAGACCGUCGUUGAUUGGUCGGUACCGAAGAGCUAUGAGUGAAGGAGAAAAGAGCAGAGGUGUUGUGGCCUCUGGCACCGCGCAAGACCUGCCGCCGCCGCAUCCAAACUAUUACUACGGCACGUUUCAAGGAGUGGGCAGUAAUCAAAUCCCUCCGCCUCCGCAGUCUCAGCCGGUCAUUGGCUUUCCUCAACCUAUUCCUCCCGCAGGUGUAUCCGGCGCUCCUCCUCAUUAUUAUCCGCAUAGUUAUCAAGCCGUUCAAGGUUAUGCUGUUGUUGAAGGGAGACCACUAAGGGAGCACCGGCUACCAUGCUGUGGUAUAGGGCUGGGAUGGUUCUUGUUCAUCUUUGGUUUCUUUCUCGGUGCCAUCCCCUGGUACAUAGGAGCCUUUAUACUUUUGUGCGUCCGAGUAGACUACAGAGAGAAGCCUGGAUAUGUCGCUUGCACAAUAGCUGCUAUUCUGGCAAUGAUAGCUAUUACCCUUGGUGUGACAAAGGCAACUAAUUCCUGGUGAAGAGUGUUUGUGUUUUCUUAAGUUAUAUACACAUGAAGAUAUAAGGAGAGUGAAAAUGUGAAAUUGAAUAGCGUGUGAAAUCUGUAAUCCUGAAAUGGUGCUUAUGUUUCCAAUAAUAUAUUUGUACAGCAGUUGAUAAAUUGGAUAUGCAUUUGUAAGUAUUUUUUCUUUUAUUGUGAUC